CAACACAUCGCUACAGAGAUCCUUCAACGACGAUCGAGAUGGCCGGCGCUCAAGAGCAAGGCCUGAAGCUGCUGGGGGCGGCGUCCGGGGUGAGCCCGUACGUGAUCCGCGCCCAGAUGGGGCUCGGCAUCAAGGGGCUGACCUACGACUACCUCCCCGAGGACACCCGGUGCAAGAGCGACCUGCUCCUCGUGUCCAAUCCUGUGCACAAGAAGCUGCCUGUCCUCAUCCACGGCGGCAGGCCCGUCUGCGAGUCGCUGAUCAUCUUGGAGUACCUCGACGACGCCUUCCCCGAAAAUGGCGCCUCCAUCCUCCCUGUCGACCCCUACCGCCGUGUUGUCGCCCGUUUCUGGGCCGCCUACGUGGAUAGCAAGCUGUUCCCUUCGUGUAUCGGCAUCCUCAAGACAGGGAAGCCGCAACAAAGAGCCGACAAGGUGGAGGAGACCUUGUCAGCACUCGGGCUCCUAGAGUCCGCCCUAGCGGAAUGCUCCAAGAAAGGGGAAGCGGAGGCGCCGUUCUUUGGAGGUGGCUCUCUCGGGCUGCUCGACAUUGCCCUCGGGAGCUAUCUUCCCUGGCUCGAAGCAAUAGGCCACCUUGCCGGCAUGCCGCCGUUCCUCGAUGCGGCUAGGACACCAAAACUGGCCACGUGGGCGGAGCGGUUCAGGGCCGCCGAGCCGGUAAGGGUGCUGCUGCCUGCGGCGGACAAGGUGGAGGAGUACAUCUCAACGGUUCUUUAUCCAAAGUGGAAGGCCGCGCUCACUGCAUUAGCAACUAAUUAGAGAUCAUGCCGCCUCGUUCCAUCACUGUUGUUGUGCUCGCCUUCAAAUUCAGUUAGUGUUUUCACGAGUUGUGCUCUUUGAACUUUUGUUACUUUGUUGUUAGGGUCUGAUCGUCGUGGAUGGUGCGCAUGCGUGCACUGUCUUCGAUCUGAGUUUGCUGUCUUGGGAAUAAAAUAAAGCUUCGUCAAUC